CUCACCCUCACUAGAUCGGCUGUUUGUCGGUCCGUCUCUGUCGUACGAGCCAAUUCCUCGCUGAGACGCUGGUUCGUCCUUUUGACCUCGGCCAGUUGUCGGUCUCGGGCAGAUACUGACUCAGUCAGCUCUACCACUCUUCCUGUUUGGCUGCGACCUGUCUCCACGCUUUCUGUAGCCUAA